AUGCACAACAUAACGAUUGAGGUAAUUCUGCUCUCUCAAAUCAAUCACAAAAACAUAGUCAAACUCUCUGGAUGUUGUUUAGAGACAGAAGUUCCAUUUCUAGUUUAUGAGUUCAUAAAUAAUGGAACGUUGUCAGAGCAUAUCCACAACAAAGACAAAACAUCGGCUCUACCUUGGUCAACUCAUUUAAGAAUAGCUACUGAAACAGCUGAGGUAUUCUCUUAUUUGCACUCUGCGGCCUCUCCUUCCAUCAUCCACAGAAAUGUUAAAUAUGUGAAUAUUCUUCUCGAUAACGAUUAUAUUGCCAAGGUAUCUGAUUUCGGUGCAUCGAGAUUAGUCCCUCAAGAUCAAACUCAACUGACAACAAUGCUGCAAGGAACAUUUGGUUAUCUAGAUCCCGAGUACAUGCAAAUCCACCAUUUGACAAAAAAGAGCGAUGUUUACAGCUUUGGAGUUGUCCUUAUGGAAUUGCUAACGAGUAAGAGGGCGAUAUCCUUUGACGGCCCAGAAUUAGAGAGAAAUAUAUCUCAACAUUUUCUUUCAUUGUUGAAAGGAAAUCAGUUGUUCAAAAUUCUUGAUGGCAACAUUUUAUGCGAAGGAAGCACUACUAAGGAGUUGCAAGAGGUUGCCUUACUUGCAAAAAGGUGUUUGAAUUUCAAGGGGGAGGAUUGGCCGAGAUGA